GCACAUUACCAUGGGCAAUUCUCCAUUGGUAUUGACAGCUGGUGCACUCAACAGCAAUGCAUAUGGAGUAGAGAACACAUUUCCCUUCCUGUCGGCCCCCUACGGCAGUGUCGUAUCGGACAUCUCUGUAAUGGAAAGAUUAAAAGUUGAAAAUAGAUGAGAAAGGAUAGACUUGAUGUUUAGACAGUGCCUAGGGCUGCAGUGGGAUGGGCUUUGGGGGAUGGAGUGCAGAAGAGUGGUUGAAACUGCAUCUCCUCUUCCCCUUGUUGACAGAACAGCGUGAGGCUAUUGGCUUAGUGGUGGCAUUUGAGAUUGCUUUUCCUUGUCUGGUUGGGAGAGAGACGCAAAUUUGGAGUGUCUGUACAUGGAAUAUGAAGAGGAUGAUGAUAUUUCCUUUGCGAAAUGGAUGAGCAGUUUCUGGGGCCACAACUUGAUUGAUGAGAAUGAGAAAGAGGGUAAAGGCCACAAGAAACGUCAAACACGACACUUUAGUGAAAGAAGAGCCUCCCUUCCGGCCAGGCUUUCCUCCCUCCAUACAACACGACUUCAUGCCUCUACCAAAGGCUCAUCUUCAGGCCAUCUCAAGGGCUCCAAAGAAUUUGAAGAAGACCAAGAUUGCAAAUGCCACUGCCACAAGAAGGCAAGCAGGACACCUUCAGCAGACAGUUCAUGCACAGAGAAAAGAUCAAACUCCAUCCAGGAAUUUGCGGAGUCCUUUGAGAAGCAAUUGCAUUUCAAAAGCAAACGUUCAGUUUCUUUGCAACCUGAAGGCAUGAAGGAGAGAAGAGAGAGAUUGCAUUUGAGAAAGAGCAAGUCUCACAAGAGAAUGGGAGAGAAAUCGCCAGGGAGGGAACAGAAAGAAGAUGAAUGUUCAGAAGAUGUACCUGCAAAGCACAACGAACAGUUUGCAUCACAAGCAAACAUUGAGAAAGGAUAUUUAUGCACAGGCAGCUAG